AUGUGCAGCAAUGAAAGCCCGCCACCGGCCAAGGAACCGUUGGCCGUCGGUCUUGGCAACCCAAUGACCGGUUUCUUGCCCGGCCUCGAGCAUUACCGGCUUCAAUUGUACCAUUACGCGAUGGCCGAGAGGCUGAGGCUUGCCCAGCAGCUGCACCCCCAGCAUCCAGGUGUCGGCCACCCGCCCUCCACCGCCCCCGCUCAUCUGGGAAUGGGACCGGGGUUCCCGGCACCCCUGCCCUUGUACCCGGCGGCGGCGGCCGCGGCCGGUUACCCUAGCAGGCUGGCCCUGUCCAUGGCACUGCUCCACCCGCACCACCAAAGAAUCCCCGAGGAGCCGAAGCCGCAGCACAGUUACAUCGGUCUGAUCGCGAUGGCGAUACUCUCGUCCCCCGAGAAGAAGCUUGUCCUGUCCGAUAUAUAUCAGCACAUACUGGAGCAUUACCCUUACUUCCGUACCCGUGGCCCGGGCUGGAGGAACUCGAUCAGGCACAAUCUGUCAUUGAACGAUUGCUUCGUGAAAUCCGGGAGAAGCGCGAACGGGAAGGGACAUUACUGGGCGAUCCACCCCGCCAAUCUGGAGGAUUUUCGCCGCGGCGACUUCAGGAGGCGCAAAGCGCAGAGGAAGGUGCGAAGGCACAUGGGUCUGGCGGUGGACGAGGAGCCGGACAGUCCGAGCCCGCCGCCUCUGCCGGCCACCCCGCCCCCACCGGCCACGCUCGGCCCGCCGGUCGCUUCUCAACCGAUGACGGGAAUUUGGACGCCCCAUCACCACCACCCUCACCAUCAGCAGCAACAGCAACAGCAGCAAACGUUUCAGCAAACGAAUCAAGGCAAUCUGAGGCAAUCCUCGUCGUUUCAACCGUCGAGGAAGAGGCAGUUCGACGUUGCGUCUCUCCUCGCGCCCGACGACCAACACCAAAUCGAGUCGGAUCUGAGGUCGGCCAAGUCGAGGAGAUUCAGUUGCAGCGAGGACGAGAUGCACGAUCUUCAAGAGGCCGAGCAAGACGAGGAGGACGUGGACGUGGACGUGGUAGCCGAGACGAAUGCCCUCCCGUCGCCCAACACGCCGUCGGCGAGCCCCGAUUCCAAGCUCGUCGUCUCGCCGACCACCACCCCCCAUUGGACCAAUCAGGGUAUUCAGAGCACGGGCCAACAGAUGCCCGGCUUGCAUCAUCUUCAGAAUCACUUGCAAGCGAGGAAUUAUUACGUGGCGGCGACCUCGAGUACCGGGCCCACCGUCUAA